AUGUCUUGGAAACAAACAUUGGUGGAAAAAUGCAUAGUUAUUAAUGGUGCUCCAAGGUACUUAAACAAAAGUCAGCUUAGUGAUAUCAUUCAAAACAAGGCUUCAACAACAAACAUUUUAUUACAUCACUUUCAAGAUGUGAACAAUUUCGAUCAGUGGGUUCUUUGGCUGGACUCAGCAGAAAGCGUUAACUACCUUUGUGAUGAAAUUCAAGAAGAACAAUUUACUUCCGAUGAUGAAAGCUAUACAGUUACUUUCCUCAGAUGUGACGAGUCUAACAUACCCGAAGCUUGGCUGGAGCUUGCCGGCAGUAGCAAAGAGUUUGGUGACCAUCAUGAUAAAGGUUCUUUUCUUCGUUCACACACAAUCGAAAGCACAUUUGGGAAAGAAUCACAACAUCAACAGAAACAAACACCAAUUGUAAAAACAAAAUUAUCAAAUCUGCCAGAAGAUACUGAUACCGAGUUUCUAGAACUGUUUUUGGAGCAAGAACUAGGAAAUGGCAUUGACAUAUUAUCAAUAGAGUUAUGUAAAAAUGGAACUGAAGCAAUUAUAGAAUUCGAAAAUAAAAACGUGCAUGAUGUAUUAAUGAAAAGACAACCUUUAGACGUGGAAGGUCAGAAAGUAUUUGUAGAACUGAUAAAGUCACAACCAUUAAUACAGGGUGACCCUAGAUCAAUAGAAGUAUCCUCAGACAAAGGCGUUAUUACUGAAAGAACUGCACGAACUAUUCGCAUGUAUUUUAGCAAUAAUGGACGUUCCGAUGGGGGCAAAAUAGUUGAAUUCAAAUUUGAAGAAACCACAGAAAUCAUUCUUAUAACAUUCGAAUCUGCAGAAGUUGCAAAAGCUGUAUCUGAGCGAAAAGAUCAUAGAUACAGAGAUGCAAUACUGAAUGUAGUUUUGAUAGAUGAAGACUUGCUGAAGAAAAGAGCAUACGAAGACUCUAAAAGUAUGAAAUCAAAAGCAGUACGGAUCACAAAUCUACCCCAUGAAAUCGACAAAGAUACUCUCGAAGUGGUGUUUGAGGAUGUUGAAACAUUUGGAGAGAAUAUUAGUGUUGUAGAUGUUCAACUAGAUCCUGAAAGUAGUAGUGCUAUCAUAGAAUUUUCAGAAACCGAUGUCGUUGAAAGAAUUCUUCAGAAGAAGACUGUCGAUGUUGAGGGACAUACAGUAAAUAUUGAAGCUUUUAAAGAAGUCAAUCGAGAAGAACCUUGUACUGUUGAAGUAACAGGACCAGCAGAUUGCCUGACAGAGAAUAACAUAAGAGCACUGAAAAUGUAUUUCAAUAACAAGAAACGAUCAGGGGGAGAAGAUGUUAUAAAUUGCUGCUUUCGAAAACCUGGCUUAGUUGAAGUAACAUUUGAAGAUAGCAAAGUUGCAAAACGUGUUGUAGAAUGGGAUAGCCACCGGUUUAAAACAUCAAAUAUUCAUGUGAAUGUAAAGGAAAAUAAAUCUGAUGUUCCAGACAAGUCUAAUAAGUUACUUUUCUCGGGUGUUGAUGAAGCAAUUAAAGACGUUCUUGUCCUUUACAUAGAAGAUAUGUUUGAAAACGUACACGUUAAAGCUGAAAUUCCUGGUGAUGAUGAAUCAAAAGUUAUACUAGAAUUUGAUGACUCAGAAGGCGCCAAAAUCGUUUUGCAAAAACAACCAUUAUGUAUCGACGGGCAUGACGUCGGCGUUUCGCUGUAUACAGAUGAACCAGAAAAACAAUGUACGAUACAAGUUCAAGGUCUUCCAAAUAUUGAUAAGAAUAUUGAUGCUUUGAGAAUGUAUUUUAAAAACACCAAUCGGUCUGGAGGAGGAACUAUCGUUGAUUGUGAUUGCAACAUAGAGAGAAAUAUUGCAUUCAUUACUUUUGAAACGGAGGAAGUCGCUCAUUCGGUUGUAAAUCGUCCAAACCAUGAGUUAAAGGGUACAAUGUUAGAGGUGACGCUAUGUAACCUAACAGAAGCUUUACAGACAAAUCACGUCAAUGAAAAUGAAAGCACCAGAAAGAUACUCAUAAAACAAUUACCCGAAUCAGUUGACAAAGAAUUUUUGGAAUUGUUUUUUGAGGAUUUCGGGGAUUCUCAUGACAUGUUGGUUGAGAACGUUGAAAUAGGCGUUAACAAAUCUACAGCUAUAGUUGAAUUUCAUGACGAAGCAGCCGUGGACUUUGUUAUGAAACAGACUCCUUUGAAGAUGAAAGAAAACAUUGUUAUUAUUGAACGCUACAGAGAAGAAGAAAAAGACCUUUCUUCAAUAGAAGUUCAUGGUAUCACCGACAUGGAACGAAACCUUGAAAAAGUGUUACUUUAUUUCAAAAACAAAAGGCGUUCAAAUGGCGGGAAUAUUGUAAGCCAUCACGUUGAUGCAGUGAAAAAUAUAGUUUCCAUAACAUUUGAAAGUGGAGAAGUCGCAGAAAGAGUUGUUUCUCGUGACCAUAGUCAACAAGGGUAUGAAGUAAUACUAAAAACAGACCAAGCUAAUGAUGAAGAAUGUCCGUUGCAAACUAUCGAUACUGUGAAAGUAAGAGGCGUUGACAAAACAGUAUCAUUAGAAACGCUUACAUACUACUUCGAAAGUAAGAGACAUUCUGGAGGUGGGCCUAUUAUUUCUAUUCGCCGGAGUGACGAAGAUGAAAAUGUUGUAUUCAUUUCUUUUGAAGAUCCAAAAGACGCGAGUUAUGUUGCGGGAAAACAGCAUACAGUGCAAAAUUGUACGGUUCGUGUAAGUCUUUAUCAACCUCCACCGUGUUACGAUGACAAGAUUCUUAUAAAAGGGCUUAAUAGUACUAAAGAUGCCCUGUUCCUGUUUCUCGAAGCGGCGGCAAAUGUACAACCAGUAAGAAUUGAUUGGCAUGAAGAGGACGAGAGUACCGUGCUUGUGACAUUAAAAGAAAAAACAAAUUUUGAGAAACUUGAAAAAGCAUGCAAUGAAAGAAGGUUAGAGGGGGCAUGGCUAAAAGUAUCAAAGGUCCAGGUAUCACAAUGUAUUCUCGUAUCAAAUCUGGCACCUACAAUAACAAAGGACACAUUGCAAUACUACUUUGAAAACAAAAGGAAAUCUGGAGGUGGAGACGUAGAAAAAAUUGUUAUGAAUGAAGACGAUGAUGAACGGACUUGUAUGAUCUUUUUUGAAGAUUAUAAAGGUAUGUUCUAG